ACCUUAAGUCCUUAGCCCACUGCUCUCAAAGUCACCUCCAACCCGCAAUUCCCCGCUGCAUUAGUCAACAGUGCCACUAAUUAAUCCCCAGUACAACCAACAGGACAAUCCUCCAUACAAAGUGGAAACAAGACCCCUCCUCUGGUCAUUGUUGACCCUAAGGAAGAGAGAAACAAACAACCAGACCCAAGCUUUCCUCCCCUCCCUGCUCGAUCCAACCCGGUCACCGUCACCUUAACCUCACUCUCACUGCUGCUGCUGCUGCACCAAACCGCUCUGGCGCUUCUGGCUGCUUGCCAAAGCUUACAGCUACUCGAUGGUCCUGCGGGGGGGGUUGAAUGCCUGAUCACUGCAUCGCUGCGGCCUCCUUUUGCACCUUCCCUUGUGUCGCACUCGGGAGCUUUAAGCGCUAGCUGCCGCCGCUGCCGUGCUCUGCUGACCACGUACGUACGUGCCCCGCCCGCUGCUUGUUAUAGCGUCCCCGGAUACGAGAUUGCAGCAUAUCCAUUGUCCAAGCACGGCGCUGGAGCCUGGAGCUUGGAGAUAUAUAGAUGGCGGUGGUGGUGGCGGGCGGUGGUGGUGGCGGUGGCGGUGGCAGGGCGCGAGGGGAGCAGCAGCCGAGGCCGCAUUGGCGCGAGCAGCAGGGGCAGCGCAGCCCCGACAUGGCGGCGGUGCCCAGGCCGCCGCGCCCGAGGCCGGGCCCGGCGAGGGUCGCCGUCGUGUACUACCUGUCCAGGAACGGGCAGCUCGAGCACCCGCACUUCAUGGAGGUCGCCCUCUCCUCCCCCGACGGCCUCUACCUCCGAGAUGUGAUCGACCGGCUCGACGCGCUGCGGGGCAAGGGGAUGGCGCGCAUGUACUCCUGGGCGUCCAAGAGGAGCUACCGGAACGGGUUCGUGUGGCACGACCUGGCGGACGACGACUACGUGCACCCGGUGGGCGGGCGGGAGUACGUGCUCAAGGGCACCGAGCGGCUGCACCCGCCGGCGAUCCACCUCCCGCUGCUCGACGCGGCCGCCGCGUCGUCCUGCUCCUCCGGCUCGCAGGACACGACCACGUCCUCCUCCUCAGGCUGGGAGCACGCCCAGAGGAAGGGCGUCGCCGGCGCCCUCACAGCGGAGCUCGGCGAGUACCGGGUGUACAAGGCCGAGGACCGCGCCGCGGCGGCCGCGGACGCGGCCACGCAGACCGAGGACGGGCACCGCGGGCGGAGCCGCGGUCACCAAAGGCGCGCCCAGGAGGAGCUGAGCCGCGAGGAGACGUCGCCGCCGACGGCGUCCACGAGCCCCGAGACGCUGGAGGCGCUGAUCAAGGCGGACGGCCGUGUCCUGGCGACCGUGCCCGGCGCCGGGAGCAGGGCCAGGGCGUCGUCCGUGCUGAUGCAGCUCAUCUCGUGCGGGUCCGUGUCGGUGAAGGGUGGGCUGGCGACGCCGGUGAUGCCGCGCGGGGUGCACUACCGCCCGCGCCCGCCGCGCCCGCCGGCGCACGCGGCCGCCGAGACGGCCGUCUACCGGCAGAAGGUGGUCGAGGACAAGGAGUACUUCAGCGGGAGCCUGGUGGAGACGCAGCGCCCGGCCGCCGACGCGUGCCAGGACCUGGCCGUCCUCCGGCGGUCGUCUUCUUACAACGCCGACAGGGCGCAGAAGGCGGAGGAGGCGGUGGACCUGCACGACCGCUGCAUCCCGCGGAAGCCCAAGAGCAAGAAGGACGGCUACCAGGUGAUCUCCUGCACCGCCGCGCACGCCAGCGGCAAGAGGAUCGGGGCCUGAGGACGAGUUUGGUUUGACCGUCGACGUACAUCGUCGGUUUCAUCAUCGGCAAGGCUGCAACGGGUAAUCCUCUGUUGUUGUUUGGGUGGCCGUGGCCGGCCUCGUUUGUGGUUUGUGUGGAGCUUGGGUGAGUGUGAUUCGGUCGGCUUUCCGGUUCUGUUCAGCUGGCUGGUAUAUCUGGGUGUAACAUGAAACAGUAUUUGUGAUGAACAGUACAUAUGAUGGCUUGCUC